UGGAGUUAUCUUAUGACAUAGGAAGGUUUAUGAAUUUAACAUCUUAGGUAGUACGACUGAGAUCAAUGUAACGAGUGCUAUCAAAUAUUAAAAUGAAGUUUUUGGGGAUUGCGUUUAUAUUUUUGGUCAUACGCCAAGGCGCUUGUGACGCAGUUUGCACGGAACCCGGAAGGUUUCCAAGCAACACCCGCGAUGACUGCCGCGGCUACAUGAUGUGUCUGAAGGGAGCCACCAGCAUCACCCACUACAACCUCGUCUGCCCAGAAAAUACCAUCUACAGCCACAUCGAUAACCAAUGCACCAACGUCACCUCCUACCAAUGCUACACCAACUACACCUGCUCGGGAGUAGGCAACAUUGUCAACGAUUUAGACGAAAACUGCUUCACCUACAUCAGCUGUGUUCAAGAUUUAAGCAAAAUUGUGUCAGCCAGACUUGUGAGAUGCCCUGGACAUAUGGUUUUUAGUGCAACAGAGAGUGUUUGUGUAAAUUCUAUUUCUUACAACUGCAGUCGUGAAACACCAAAAGUGUUUGAAGUGUCUGUGCAUGAUACGGAUGUCCAAGUUACAGGGGUUCCAAGUGGAUCCCACAGUAUAAGGUUUUCACUGUUUACUAUAGUGAUGUUAUUAUUCGCCCCUCAAUUUAGACAAUAAAAGUUAUAAAAUUAA